GACAUGUCGUCUUAAUGCUGGACCUCUGGAGCUGCUGGUUCUAGUCUGGGUCCUGGUUUUGUCUGGACCGACUCUGGGACAGCAACAAGGUGUGAGGGUGGUUGUUAGAGAAGACAGCGACGCCGUGUUACCCUGCUCCCUCAGCACCAUGGAGGACAUCACAUCUAAACUGUUUGACUGGAAGAAAGAUGGAGGUCAGGUGGAGGUGUUCCUGUAUGAUGCCCAGCCUGCUUAUCACAACGGGCACUCAGGUCAGAGUGACCAGUUCAAAGGUCGAGUCUUUCAUUUCCCAGAUGAGCUGAAACACGGCAACGCCUCCAUAACCAUCAGAAAUACAAAGAUAUCUGACAGUGGAGACUACAGAUGUGAUUUUCCUCGUCUUCAGCCACGUCAAACAUUCAACAUUGACCUUCAUGUUGGGUCCGAUGUUAAAGUGGUCGUUAGAGAAGACAGUGACGUGGUGUUGCCCUGUUCUCUCAGGACCAAGGAGAGCAUUGUAACGGGGUUCUUUGAUUGGAUUAAAGAUGCUCAGAAACCCGAUGGUCUGAAGAAGGUGUUCCUGUAUGACAAAGGCUUUCAUGACAACAACGGUCUAGUUGGUCAGAGUGAAGAGUUCAAAGGUCGAGUCUUUCAUUUUCAAGAUGAACUGAAACACGGCAACGCCUCCAUAAUCAUCAGAAAUACAAAGAUAUCUGACAGUGGAAACUACAGCUGUUAUUUUCCUCGUCCUCAGCCACCUAAAACAUUCUACAUUGACCUUGUCGUUGGUGAGUACAUUUAUUAAACAUUUAAUUCUUGAUUUAUUGAUUGCUGAUCUUAAGCUGUCAUUUGAGUUUUGAACAUGGACCGUUCUUCUUUGUCCACUCAGUCUUGUGUU